AUGGCAACAUUUCUCCUCGAUGAUUACACCACCGCAGCAACUCGUCCUGAGUGGAUAGGCUUAGAGAAAUGGAAUGAAAUUUUACCCCUAACCUUAUCCAGAACGGAGCAAAGACGCUUUCUUCGAGCAUUCUAUCAGAUGCAGAUAUAUGGCAACAUAUUUGGUCAAAUUGAACUUCCCCUGGGUGCAGGCAAUGUCGAAGAAGAAAAUGAGUGGUUUGAUAAUAGUGGCGGCGGGACGCCUACUUUCACAGAUGAAGAAGCGUGGCGUCUAUUCUUCGGACCCAUGGCGCCAUGGGAAGUCGAAGAAUUCAGCUGUUUCUGGCGGUAUUGUUAUUAUCGAUGGGAAGAGCCAUACCGUGAAAUAUCAAAAGGCCUUGCGGCUUAUGCGGCUAAUGGUAUUAUCUGGUUCAGCGAUCUUCCUCCCGAAGAGCGGCCCCCUCUAAAUCGGCUUGGAUUGGACGUCGACCAUUUGCAUAUUCAACCAGCUGACCAGAGGGAAACUUUGGCCUCCAUGGUACCAUUUCUUGUGAAGAUGCUUCGUGAACAGGAUUUUAGAACUCGCCGCGACUUGCUUCUUGCCAACACGGUUAAUUUUCACCAUGGGUUUGCUGAAUAUUGGCCCAAACCGAGUUGGGAAGAAGCCGGAGCGUUGCCUCUUCUGUACCCAGCUGAUAGAUUCAACUUUGGCACAGAUGUCAGUGGUCUCAAGGCAUACUUGGAGACGCUGCCUCCGCACGAGCGGCCUAACGUCGCCUGGACGGAGCGGUGGCUCGAUGCGGCGCUGGAGUAUCCUCAAGUCUUUGAGGAUAUGUACUCGAAUGCCCCGUACUCUCGGUGUUGGAAUUGGGGGUAUGCUAUGUGGGACGAUGAAAGGCUCAUUGAAUGGGGCGCCAUGGAUCAUCUUGAACUCCCGUGA